CAUGCGUCUCUAUUUUCCUGGGAAUUUGAUUGAUUUAAGCUGGAAUUUCUUCCCUUUUUCCUUGUUUGUUGUGGUUCCUGAAUCCUUUUCUCGACCAUUUCGGUUUCUGCGAAAAUUAGAGUGUUGGAUUUGGAUUGUGGAGUAGUAAAUUGGAUUGGGUUUUGUAUGUGGUGAGGGGGAAUCAUCGGCAUUAGAUGGCGCUAUUCAGAAGGUUCUUCUACCGGAACACGCCUGAUUGGCUCGACGAAGAAGAUGAAAGUGGGUAUGAAAAUGAAACAGAGAAUGCCGAAGCUGAGGAAUUUUUUGAUGCAGAAGAAGUAUUCAGCACUGCAGUUUAUGCACAGCUCGGCAUCGAGCCAUGCCCGGAAACUCCCCUAUCCCCUGCCCCUCAUCCCCACCUGUCCAAUGUACAUAAUACCAGUAGAGUGCCGCCACCACCACCUCCCUCUCCCCUUAUUUCUUCCAGGAGUUCAUGGCAUGUGCCUUUAAGAGUAUCAAGUUCUCCCUCACCUUCACUUCUUACUUCUGCAUACUCUAAUACAUCUUAUAGCAUAAGAAAUCCCUCUCCACCUCCACCUCCACCUCCACCUCCACCACCUCCUCCUCCACCACCUCCCCCUCCCCUAUUUUCUUCCAGGAAUUCAUGGAAAAUGGCAUCAUGUUCUCCCCCACCUUCACUCCUUACUUCUGCAUACUCUAAUAGAUCUUAUAGUAUAAGAAAUCCCUCUCCACCUCCUCCUCCACCACCUCCACCUCCGCCACCUCCACCUCCACCACCUCCCCCUCCCCUAUUUUCUUCCAGGAGUUCCUGGAAAAUGGCAUCAUGUUCUCCCCCACCUUCACUCCUUACUAUUGCAUACUCUAAUAGAUCUUACAACAUAAGAAAUCCCUCUCCACCUCGACCUCCACCCCCACCACCUCCUCCUUCGCCUCCACCACCUCCACCUCCCCUAUUUUCUUCCAGGAAUUCAUGGAAAAUGGCAUCAUGUUCUCCCCCACCUUCACUCCUUACUAUUGAAUACUCUAAUAGAUCUUACAGCAUAAGAAAUCCCUCUCCACCUCCACCUCCUCCUCCGCCUCCACCACCUCCACCUCCCCUAUUUUCUUCCAGGAAUUCAUGGAAAAUGGCAUCAUGUUCUCCCCCACCUUCACUGUUUACUAUUGCAUACUCUAAUAGAUCUUACAGCAUAAGAAAUUCCUCUCCACCUCCACCUCCUCCGCCUCCACCACCUCCACCUCCCCUAUUUUCUUCCAGGAAUUCAUGGAAAAUGGCAUCAUGUUCUCCCCCACCUUCACUCCUUACUAUUGAAUACUCUAAUAGAUCUUACAGCAUAAGAAAUCCCUCUCCACCUCCACCUCCUCCUCCGCCUCCACCACCUCCACCUCCCCUAUUUUCUUCCAGGAAUUCAUGGAAAAUGGCAUCAUGUUCUCCCCCACCUUCACUGCUUACUAUUGCAUACUCUAAUAGAUCUUACAGCAUAAGAAAUUCCUCUCCACCUCCACCUCCUCCGCCUCCACCACCUCCACCUCCCCUAUUUUCUUCCAGGAAUUCAUGGAAAAUGGCAUCAUGUUCUCCCCCACCUUCACUCCUUACUAUUGAAUACUCUAAUAGAUCUUACAGCAUAAGAAAUCCCUCUCCACCUCCACCUCCUCCUCCGCCUCCACCACCUCCACCUCCCCUAUUUUCUUCCAGGAAUUCAUGGAAAAUGGCAUCAUGUUCUCCCCCACCUUCACUGCUUACUAUUGCAUACUCUAAUAGAUCUUACAGCAUAAGAAAUUCCUCUCCACCUCCACCUCCUCCGCCUCCACCACCUCCACCUCCCCUAUUUUCUUCCAGGAAUUCAUGGAAAAUGGCAUCAUGUUCUCCCCCACCUUCACUGCUUACUAUUGCAUACUCUAAUAGAUCUUACAGCAUAAGAAAUUCCUCUCCACCUCCACCUCCUCCGCCUCCACCACCUCCACCUCCCCUAUUUUCUUCCAGGAAUUCAUGGAAAAUGGCAUCAUGUUCUCCCCCACCUUCACUCCUUACUAUUGAAUACUCUAAUAGAUCUUACAGCAUAAGAAAUCCCUCUCCACCUCCACCUCCUCCUCCGCCUCCACCACCUCCACCUCCCCUAUUUUCUUCCAGGAAUUCAUGGAAAAUGGCAUCAUGUUCUCCCCCACCUUCACUGCUUACUAUUGCAUACUCUAAUAGAUCUUACAGCAUAAGAAAUUCCUCUCCGCCUCCACCUCCUCCGCCUCCACCACCUCCACCUCCCCUAUUUUCUUCCAGGAAUUCAUGGAAAAUGGCAUCAUGUUCUCCCCCACCUUCACUCCUUACUAUUGAAUACUCUAAUAGAUCUUACAGCAUAAGAAAUCCCUCUCCACCUCCACCUCCACCUCCUCCUCCGCCUCCACCACCUCCACCUCCCCUAUUUUCUUCCAGGAAUUCAUGGAAAAUGGCAUCAUGUUCUCCCCCACCUUCACUCCUUACUAUUGAAUACUCUAAUAGAUCUUACAACAUAACAAAUCCCUCCCCACCUCCACCUCCUCCUCCGCCUCCACCACCUCCACCUCCCCUAUUUUCUUCCAGGAAUUCAUGGAAAAUGGCAUCAUGUUCUCCCCCACCUUCACUGCUUACUAUUGCAUACUCUAAUAGAUCUUACAGCUUAAGAAAUCCCUCUCCACCUCCACCUCCUCCGCCUCCACCACCUCCACCUCCCCUAUUUUCUUCCAGGAAUUCAUGGAAAAUGGCAUCAUGUUCUCCCCCACCUUCACUCCUUACUAUUGCAUACUCUAAUAGAUCUUACAGCAUAAGAAAUCCUUCUCCACCACCUCCUCCUCCGCCACCUCCACCACCUCCCCCUCCCCUACUUUCUUCCAGGAAUUCAUGGAAAAUGGCAUCAUGUUCUCCCCCACCUUCACUCCUUACUAUUGCAUACUCUAAUAGAUCUUACAGCAUAAGAAAUCCCUCUCCACCACCUCCUCCUCCGCCACCUCCACCACCUCCCCCUCCCCUAUUUUCUUCCAGGAAUUCAUGGAAAAUGGCAUCAUGUUCUACCCCACCUUCACUCCUUACUAUUGCAUACUCUAAUAGAUCUUACAACAUAAGAAAUCCCUCUCCACCUCCACCUCCACCACCUCCUCCUCCACCACCUCCCCCUCCCGUAUUUUCUUCCAGGAAUUCAUGGAAAAUGGCAUCAUGUUCUCCCCCACCUUCACUCCUUACUUCUGUAUACUCUAAUAGAUCUUACAGUAUAAGAAAUCCCUCUCCACCUCCUCCUCCUCCACCUCCACCUCCACCACCUCCUCCUCCGCCACCUCCCCCUCCCCUAUUUUCUUCCAUGAAUUCAUGGAAAAUGGCAUCAUGUUCUACCCCACCUUCACUCCUUACUAUUGCAUACUCUAAUAGAUCUUACAACAUAAGAAAUCCCUCUCCACCUCCACCUCCACCUCCACCAGGCAGGUCGAAGAUCAUGGUUUCAAAGAGCUAAACACAAUGGGAAGUAAGUGGAAAUUGAAAUAUUUAUGGGGUUUAGAGAGGAAUGGAUUAUCAUGAUUUGAGGUUUUUGAAGAAAGGGUCUCUGCUUCUUCUACAUAUCCCAUUCAUCCAAUGGCUCUUCAUUUUUGUUGUAAAGUACAGCAAGUUUCCAGAAAGUGUUAGUUACUCAAAUCUUCCAUCUUUACACCAAUCAUUUUCAUUUUGAAAAAUAUAACUGCCCACACCCCGUCCACUA